CCGGGAUCCAUGAGGUCGGGCCGUGAGCAGGAGACUGACUGACGACGACACACAAAGAAACAUGUGUGAACGAGUCGUCGGUUGCUACUUCGCUUUGGAAACAGUCGGCGCACUUCCGCGAAACUACCCAACCGUGAAGAUUUAUGAGAACAGUUUCCCAGCAUCACCUCUAAGUGUCACCAAAGCACCAACAGCUGCAGAAACGUGUGUACGCCAGCCAUGCAGUUUGUCUGCCGAGCAAACAUGUCUGCGGAUGAUGCAGUCAACAUGGGACUGCACUUCAUCCUAGAACACCUCGACAGUGCGGGGACCUACGCAAGUAUUCUGUUUGUGGACUUCAGCUCUGCGUUCAACACCAUCAUCCCUGAACUCCUUUCCUCCAAGCUUCUCCAACUCAACGUCUCGCCUGCCAUCUGCCAGUGGAUGUACAGCUUUCUGAUGGGCAGGACACAGAAGGUGAGGCUGGGGGAGGCCACUUCAUUCACACACAGCAUCAGCACUGGGGCACCCCAAUGUUGUCUCCUCUCUCCACUGUUCUUCUCUCGCUACACAAACGACUGCACCUCAAUGCACACGGCUGUCAAACUCCUGAAGUUUGCAGAUGACACCACUGUCAUCGGCCUCUUCAAGGACGGUGACGAGUCUGCAUAUCGACAGGAAGUGGAGCGGCUGGAGCUGUGGUGCGGCCGACACAACCUGGAGCUGAACACGCUAAAGAGUGUAGAGAUGAUCGUGGACUUCAGGAGGCAUCCUUCACCACAGCUGCCCCUCACGCUGUCCAUCUGCCUUGUGUCAACUGUCGAGACCUUCAAGUUCCUGGUAAUUACAGUCUCUCAGGACCUGAAGUGGGCGAUCAACAUCAACUCUGUCCUCAAAAAGGCCCAGCAAAGGAUGUACUACCUGCGGCUUCUGAGAAAGCACGGCCUGCCACAGGAGAUGUUGAGGCAGUUCUACACAGCGGUCAUCGAAUCAUUCCUUUGUUCUUCCAUCGCAGUCUGAUUUGGUGCUGCUAUAAAAAAGGACAAACUCCGACUGCAACGGACAAUCAAAACUGCGGAAAAGAUUGUCGGUACCCCCGUACCUACCCUCUGUCGGGCCAACUAUUUGCAUAUCUUUUGUUGACCAAUACUGGCCACUCAUGCCAGACCAGGAUCUGCACCACUCACACACUGACUGUGGAGUAUCUAUAACAUUUGCACAAUCGACAUUGUCCCAGAUUAUCGCGCUACUAGUCACUUUAAACUGCAUACAUUCCUUUAAGUCUCGCCGCCCUUUGCACAAUGGUCAUUGCAUUGCUAUUGCUACUUUAGUCAUUCAAACUGCUAGAGUGCUAGAGGACUUGCAAAAAAAUGUACCGGUGACUGUUUUUCUCAUUGUCUUUAUGUCUCAAUAGUGUUCUCUGUUGUCGUACAACAGCGGCUCCCCCACGCCAAGCACACAUCCAGCCUAACUAGCACUUUAUAUUGUAUCAACUGUAAAUUUGUGUUUUUUGUAAUUCUAAACGUAUUCUUACAUAUCUGUAUCUAGUAAUUACGGUAAGCGGACAUAGAAAGAUCUUCUUCCCAUUUAGUGAUUGGUAAGUGCAUUGAUUUAGUGCAUGAGAUUCUAAACUUUUGAGGGAUUUUUUUUUCCUUUGCAGGAGCAGCUUCACUAUUUGCUUAAAAAACUCCGGCAGUUCGAGGGUGCUCUGGAGUGUUGGUAUUCUUUUAAUUUAAAAAAAAAAAAAUUUUUUAAUUAUUGCUGCUGCUUUUAAUUUAUUGCUUUGAAGAGUUUCCGCCUGUUAUUUGAAAUUUGUGCAACAGUUCAUCACGUAUCCUCAAAAUAUUAUUGUUAAAUAGUUGUUGUGGGUGGUAAAUUCCGCAUUGUUCCUAUGUGCUAAAAUAAAGGGGUAUAUUGUUAAUUGUUAAUUUCAAAAUCUGGAUUGUACCAGAUUGGGGAGAGCAUAGUGGGAGCUAAUUGAGAUCCUGUAGCUUCUAAACUUUUCCAGCAAGCCGUUAAGGUGGAGGCAAUUAUUUGGAAUUUGCGAAGUACUGCAAACAGGAAAGCCCAGUUAACUUUAUCGAAAACUUUCUCUGCGUCAAGUGACAUGAUGAUUGCUUUUAGAUUUUCACAACAUGAAAUGCUUAUUAAAUGUAAUAGAUAUCUGACAUUAUUUGUGGAACUGCUACCUUUAAUGAAACCUGUCUGGUCAUAGUGGAUUAUCAAUGGGAGUACCUUUUCAAGUCUCGCUGCAAGGGCUUUUGAGAUAAUCUUGAUAUCUACAUUAUCAGUGAUAAGGGCCGAUAAUUAGCCGGGAGAGUGGGGAUUUUGCUUGACUUAAGUAGUAAUUUAAUUGAAGCUGUGCUCAUAUGGCUACUUAUUUGACCUUUAUCAUUUGUCUCCUUGACUGUUCUGAAAAAUAGAGGCGCUAGUAUUGGCCAGAAAUGUUUAAUGAAGACGAGGAGGUAGGCUAUGCACUAAUAAUAAUAAUGUAAUAAUGACAUGAUAUGGACACAUGUACGCACACACAAAUAUUUUUUGAAACUGUAAAUCACAGGUAAAAGCAAAUUUUGUCAACUACGAUGAUUCUUGCUAAAAAUUGUACCAAAACUAACAAAUUGUCAUAUGUAAAAAAUGUUGAGCUCUUGCAAAUGCAUUUUGUUUGUUUGUUACCAAAGCCAUUUUUACAGUAACUUGAAAAAUAGCUGAACUAUUAUCCUUGAUUUCUGCUUUCUAAAUUAGUUAUCCAUCAAUUAGUUAUGUAUAACAUAAGCCAAUUAAACAUUUAUUUCCAGUCAUAAUGGCCAUCUGAGGGAAAUCGUAACUACAAUGUGGUCAGUGACAAAAAUGAUUUUAACACCCCUGUGAGUAAAUGAAAUGAAAGAAUGAAAAUGGCUUUUAUAUGUUGAUGUUAGAAAGAAUAGAUGCAAUAUUUAUAACAAUGGAUAGCCAAUUUCACAAGCACAAAAUCUACAAAAUUUACAGGAGAGCGCUGACAGACUGAGUUUAGAGAAAUCACAUAGUGUGAUAAAAGAGAUUUCUGUUAUGUGACCCCAGCUCCAUGUUUUGACGUCUGCCACGAGACAUCUGGGGAAGCUCCUCCGACUCUUCAGCCCCUUAUCAACGGAUUGGUGUCUGCCAUAACUGCAGACACAUGACAAACCUCAUGCACACCUUGAUCUUGGACGAGAGAGUUUUAUGCCAAGUCAGACGAAUGUGGAAUGACAUCCGGACAACGGAUGACCUUUGCGACCGGGGAGAGAACAACAGACAAUUCCUCCAAGGCCACCUAUCGCCAAUAUGUAAUGUGGAAAAUCUCCAAGGACAUUAUAUAGGAUUCAGACAAAGCAGACAAGGAACCACAUUUCAUAUUUUCAAAGCAUUGCUCCAUUAGAAAUGUGCAUGUUAUAUUACUUUAUAAAUAUUUGUAGAUCCAUUUGCACCUUAUUUUUAGAAUUUACUUCCAGGAAUGGAAUAUAGCGCUACCAUUUUGAAAUUGUUCACCUGUUUUAAAUAAAUAACUGAAACUGAA